AUGUACACUGAACUGAGGCGUAACUUCAAUUCCAGUCUUUCUCGACUUUACAGAAAAACUAAAAUGGCGGAUAAAAAGCCUUCCAAAACAAAUUUGUUUGAUGAUCGAGAUUCUAAACCAGAGAAAACGGAGAGUCCUCUUGACUUUCUCUGUAAGUAAUUUCAAGUGAUGAAAGUAGGGUCAUUUUUUUUUUCGAAGCUGAAGCAAGAUUAAAAGAAUUUUAAGCUAACCUUAGAAACAAUGAUUUUAAUCAACAUUUAUCAACAAAUUAUUUUGCAGCGCGCACUGGUAUUACAAGUGACAUCAAAGAUGCAAUAACUCUUAUCAUUGAAAACAGGCCUGAGGAUCCAAUCGCUUUUAUGGCUGAGUUGUGAGUAUCUCGAUCCGCCAGCAGUGAUUUACGAGUCUACAAAAAUUGAAAAUUUCAUUUGUCCAUUAACAACAUUUUUGAAUGAUUGACUUAAGUUUUGACAGCCGCGCGAUCACAACCACGGCCCUUGUGAAGGCCCAUCAAAAACUGCUGCUAGCACAUCAUUCAAGACCAUCUUUCCAAAUCAACCUGGCAGCAGCCUAUAACAUCUUGAAACAACAGAAAAGUGAGUUGAUAACGUAAAUUGGCCACCGUAAAGAGUUUAAAAGCAGACGUUGGGUUGUGUGUGUGUUGAUAUGCAGAAAAUGAAGCUACACUAUUGGUCGUCACCAUAUUCUCACCAACAGUGUAGCUCCAUUUUCUGCAUAUAAACACAAACACAAACACAACCCAUAGUUCCUCCAAUCACUCUGAUGAAGGACUAAUCCUCAAAACGUCAGCUUUUAAACUCUUUACAGUGGCCAAUUUAAGUAUUAUCAACACAGCUGAUAAUACUUAAUUACCCUGUUAUACUCCCAACGUAGCACCACAAUUUCUUUAGAAACUUACCCCCUUUAUUUAUAUAUUUUACAAGUACAUGACUUGUACAGUUGUAAAAGCUCUAAACCCUUAAACCCCCAGAAGUGAUUUACAUGUAACUUCUCCCUACAAUAUCCAUACACUAUCCAACAAAGAGAUUAUGAGAAUACUCAAACUAAUCAGGAAGAGGUUGUUAUCAUGAUAUAACACAAAAUUCUUGUAACUAAGUUACAUGGAAAUGUGUAACAGCUGGAUGGGAGAAUUAACAAUCAGAUCUUAGGAGUUGAAGGGUUAAACCCUGAGAGACUGGCAAACAUCUAAUUUCACCUUACAAUAAUACUACUGAAUCAUUCAUUAACCCUUUAACUCCUAAGAUCCCAUUAGUAAUUCUUCUUACUUAGUUUGGAGAAUUUGGAAUUAAAUGUGAAUUGAAUAUUUUUCUCGUUUCUCGUUACUUGUCUGCUUGAUAUUGUACUUAUAGUGUAAGGAGAAAUUCUGUCUUGGUCACUAGUGGGUCUUAGAGGGUCAAGAUCAUGGGAAUAUAGGGAAUGAUUGUUAAACAAAUUCUCCUUCCAAGUACCACAGGAAAUGUAUAGAGAAGAGUUUUGAGAAUAUAGAUACUGAUGUCAGGGUGUAAAGUGUUAACCUGUGCAUCAUGGGACAGACUUAGUCAGAUUUUAAGUUGAAAUAGACUAAUUAAAAAUCAUUUCUUGUUUUUGUUAGAUAGUAAUGGUCUACGAGGACUUACUGGAAAAACAUACAAUGAUUUAUUGACUCUGUUAUGCAAGUAAGGAGAUCAAGUUAUUACUUAAAUCAGUGUUAACUGGUUUUAAAUAUUUAUCAGAAUGCCAGUUGUCCAUCAUCCUAACUAUUAAUUCACUAUCAUUGAUAUUUAAAAUUUCUUAUUUUUGUAGAACUGGUAAGUCUCAGCCAUUACAUAGGGGUCUCACAGGCUCUUUAAUUAGCUAAAGGGAGCUUAAGCACAAAGGUUUUUGACAUGGCAGCCGGAAGUUAAAAGUUCUAAUUCUUGCUGAUCAUUACACCUUUCUGGGCAGCACAGUUUGGUUUAAAAUGUCUCAACAACAACCUUGCAGCCAAUACAUUGGUGUCUAAGGGCUCUAGGAGUUUUAUUCUUCUUUCAGUUGCUGUCCACAUCUAAAAAAUGUCUCUGCUCAAGUUUUCUAUUGUUUGUAAAAAGAACACCACAUUCAAAAAGAGCAUACUCAGUUUCACAUCUGCUUUAGUAAAAACUUUCAUUUCAUGCAGGCUCAGGCUUGUCAACCUAUGAUAUUAGUCUCAGGGAAAAUAAGAAAAUUUUAAAAAUAACCUUAGAGUAUUGUGAGAAGAGAACACUAAAUCUCAAAAGAAAACAUGCUGAUGGCCAGAGGAUGACAGAAUUCCUAGAACAUCCUUUUACUCUUAAACAGCAAACAAAAUUAUAUCAACUAACUUGACUGGCAGAAAAUAUUUUAGGAGUAACUUGGAAAUUACUUUAUACUGAGUCAGUGCUCUGUUCCAGGGACUUGACCGGGGCAGAAUCUGAACCUCUCCAAAAGCGAAUCAUGUGCUUUAGCCAUGAGGUGAUUCGCUUUCCAGUUUUUAAACUUGGAGUUUUAUCCACAUUUAUAUAUCAAGGUAAGAGCAGUAAUUCACCUGUGGAUGCUUGAUUACUAUCAAUGACAAACUGUAAUGAAAGAUGUCUUUUGUUUUGGGCACUUUUAUCUUGAAAGCUUUGUGCUACAGUUCCUAGAUCUGAACUAGUUUCUGUGCAAGUUAAUCAUGUCUCUAGGAUUUCUUUAUUCUCAAAUUGACUGAAUGCUACUUCUAUACUGUACGUCUUUUGUUCUGAGUAGAUGUCCAGUUCUAAUAAUGUUUUGCUCACAAUUGAUUUCUCUGUAGACUUUUUGAAACAAGCGGAAUCACUGUACAGUGAGUUGGACUUAACAGGAAGAGGUGCACAUGAUUCACUUCUGGUUACUUUUUUCUCUUAACCCUUUACCUCCCAGAAAUAAUUAACAACUAACCUCUCCCUAUAAUAUCCAUCAUUAUCCAGCAAAAAGAUAAUGAGAAUACCCAAACUUAUCCAGUAGAAGUUGUCAUCUUGAUCUAACGCCAAAUUCUUGUAAAUGAUUUAAAGGGAAAUAUGUAGCAGCUGGAGGGGAGAAUUGACAAUCAAAUCAUAUGUGUUAAAGGGUCAAGAGUGACUAACAAAUUUCUUUUUACAUCAUCAGAACCAUCAUCAGAACCUUGUCACACAGGCAGGUGAACUGUAGAGCUGAAAAUUUUUAUAAUUGUUUUGUAGGCAAAGCUGAUAAAAAUCUCUGUGAAGCGAUUUUAAAUGAACUACGACAGGCAGUUGUCAAGACAACAGCUGAUCCCAUCAGGUCAGUAAAACAAAAACUUUUUUUUACAUCUAGAAUGCACUAUGGUGGACACCAAUAUACUUCUACAUAAAAGCAGCAUGGAUGAUUAUGAAAAAUUUCCAAUAUUAGUCUUCUUUGAUUGAAAGAGGGCGACAGGAGGGUAGCCCGGGUGCUGCUCAUUCUAGAUUUGGAGCAUUCUAGAACACUGUGAUCAGCUCUGAUGUAUUUUCAUAUCAAACCCUAGACUAUGCAUGCACCACCCUUACCCUGUGUGACCACUUUGUGGUUAAACAAUUCCCCACCCACCCACCAGAGGGUGGGGGAAGUGGGAUGUGGGAUGUGUUAUCAUAAAGAUGUGUGCAUGGAUGCUACAAGCUGUACCCUUUCAUGUAUCAUUUUUUUUAUCAAGAGGGUUCUUCUUUCAUAUAUCAAGCUUGAUACAUGUUAAUGAGUUCAUCUUAACUUGCAGUAUCAUUCACACUGGCUCCAUGUUGAGUUCUCAGCGACUCAAUAAAGUAAUGGCUGAGGUUAGUUAGCAAAUUUUCAUUUGAGUAUUGUUAAAGUAAUCCAAGUUGUAUUUUGCCCUGUGAUUGGUCUGGAAAAUUUGUUCCAUCCUUUCAGCCAAUCAGAUGCAAAAGUAAAACCAAACUUAGUCAAUUACUUUUCCUGCAUUUGAGCAGUUUGGUUAUUUUUAAAAAAAAAAAGAUGGUUCUUUUUGUUUGAGAUGAAAAUGGACACUUGAAAAUUCUUAACCCUUUAACUUCCAGAAGUGAAUAACAUCAAACUUCUCCCUAUAAUAUCCCUACAUUAUUCAGCAAACAGGUGAUGAGAAUAUUCAAACUUAUCAGGUAGGGGCUGCUAUCUUGAUCUAGCAUCAAGUUCUUAACUAAUUUAUAUGGAAAUGUGCAGCAGCUAGAGGAGAGAAUUAACAAUCAGAUCUUGGGAGUUAAAGCCAGUGUUUGACCAGUAUCACUUUUUGCAUUUUAUCAGGCAUUACUGAAGAGUGGAGCAACCAGUCAGUUAAUGGGCACUGACGAAUUCAUUGUAAGCGCAGCAGAAAUCCUGCUUGAACAGGUUUGA